CAAGAUCCUCCUGCCCAAUAGACUACUGGGCUUUCCAUAACUGCGCGCCUUUCGUGCAUCCUGCAAGCUCCGCUUGCGACAUCGGUCAGAUAAUGUCAUCUUCGGCUGAUGAUGAUACUGAGGACGACGUGGAGUUUGUCUCAGAGGGGCCUUCAAGACCGGUUCUGGAAUGUAUCGAUCUCCUCAGUGAUCGUGAGGAUAAUGGAAGUUCACCCACAGAACAUAUGAUCGAGGAUGAGAUCCAGCGCCAGAAAGACCACGUCACUUCCACCCUGGAGAGACUGGCCCGCCAGGUGGCCGUGGAGAAGAAGAACAGAGCGGAGAAAUGUAGAGCCUUCAAGGAGAGGCAGCUGUCCCAGAAGGCACACGGACAGAAGGAGCUGACCUCUCCGGGCGGGGGAGACAGCUACAACGCCAAGCGCUGUGUGGACAUGUGGCUCAAGAUGCCAGGUGUGACGCCUGGGGGGGUGAACACAGGGAUGGGCUGGCGUCGCCGGACUGCUCCGCCCCCCUCCAGCAGCUCGUCCAAUCACACCUGCCCGGUCAUCAACUGUGGGCGUGUGUAUGACAGCGUGGGCCUCAUGGCGGGGCACCUGAAGAGGUUUGACCACUCCCCCUGCGACCCCACCGUGACCCUGAAGGGCGGCAGCACGGAGCAGUUUGCCUGUGUGGCCUGUGGCCUGCACUUCCACACCAUGGACGAGUGGAACACACACCUGCAGUCAAAGGUCGUCUUGCCCAGUGCAGACGGCCACGCCAGCGACCAGAGCUGCCAAGUCAUCGUGUGCUACGCCUGCCCCUCCUGCUACCACCUGUUCUACCUCAGGGACGAGUGUCUGCAGCACAUGGCUGCCACCAACCACUUCUCCCAGUUCAUCAGUCUCAGCUGUGUAGGAACCACAGACCAACUUUAUAUAGCCUUCACAACAGGAUCCAAACAGAAGGCCAUGCCGGUUCCUGUUCCCCGCUACGCCAGGAACCGCCUCACAGCUCUGUGUAAGGAGGUGGGCUUCAGGGUGCGGUGCAGCCUCUGUCGCAAGGUGCUUACCUCACACAUGGAGGCAAAGGCUCACUUCAAUGUGCAGUGCCGAGAGGGCUGUGCGGUGGCGGAGGCGGACCAGACAGUGGCGGAAGUGAUGCGGCAGCUGAGGGCUCACGGCCAGUGUCCUCAGUGCCUCGAGGUGUUCCUGAGCCAGCCGGACGCCGACCGUCAUUCCCGGCUCACCCAGCACCGGGUGGAGGUGACCCGGACCAUGGACCGGGCUCUGCUGCAGUACUGCCACGUCAGUGAAGCCCUGCUCGCCAAAAGGACCAGGCCUCAGGGAGACAGACAGGCCCGAGGCCUGGAGACAUCCACCCCGAAGAGGGACCAGGGCGGGAGAGGGGAGCUGGCAGGGUCCCCGGCCAAGCGCCCGAGGCUGGGUCAGGGCUCCGGGGCUCCAGCCGGCUCCGGGGAGGCUGGAGAGAGAGGCGGAAGGGGUCGAUCGGUCCCGGCGUGGUUCUGCGAGUGCGGCCUGCGUUUCCCGGACGAGGCCUCCGUCAACAACCACCUCCUGGCCGCCAAUCAGAUCUUCCACCAGUGCGGCGUGUGCGGCAAGCUGACGGGCGAGGCCUCCAUCGCUCGCCUCCACAUGAGCCGUUUCCACGGCGGCGCCCACCUCUCCAACUUCCUGUUUCACUGUAGGAAAUGCAAGGUGGACAUGCCCCGCCAGGUGGACAUCCUGUCACAUGUGUCCGAUGCCCACAGUGGCCACACCUACUUCCUGGAGAGAGAGGUACCAGAGGAGCCUGUCAGCGCCGCCAUCGCCAAACCCUCCACCAGCGGCCGGCAGGGGAUGGGGGUGCACCCGGAGCUCCAAGCCCGCACGGAGAAGCCCGGUCCUGGGCCUGCACCGGCGCGGCAGCCCCCGCCCGGCCCCCGCGCUCCGCAGGGGGGCCAGGGGAGGUGGAUGUGUCGGAUGUGCGAGGACGUGUUCCCGUCGGAGGCGUCGGUGGUGCUCCACUGCAGCGACCCGGACAGCCACAUCUUCCAGAGGUUCGUGUGCGCCCACUGUCCCCAGAAGUUCUUCAAGGAGGCCACCCUGCGGAGGCACUGCUCGGCCGAGCACGAAGGCCAGCUCGGCGUGCGCUUCUUCUGCGGCCUCUGCGACAGCAUGCAGUACGACGCCCGCCGCGACUUCCUGGAGCACUACGACAGCCUCCACAGCAGGGACUUCUAUCGCAUGGACGAGCCCCAGGAGAGCUCCGCUGCUGCGGCCAGGGCGGGAGAGGAGGCUCCCAGGGAGGCUGCAUCCAGCCCCGCGCCCGGAGAAGCCCUCCAAGGGGCCCUGUGUCCCUGCAUGGCUCCAGAGAAGCCCCGAGAGGGGAGGAAGGCCAGGUACAAAGCUUGCAUGCAGCGGCUGGGCUGCGAGGGCGGGUGCCUGUACGUAUGCGCCCCCUGCGGUGUGACUAACAGCGCAUACGCCCAGAUGAAGAUCCAUGUCCACACCUCGCACCCGGCCCUGGGGCUGGAGCCCUCCUUCCAGGUGCAGUGCCAGGCAUGUCGGGAGAGCCACGAGGACGUUCGCAGCUUCCACUCGCACUACCAUGCCCAGCACUGCCCUAUGGACCCCUGCGCCACCUCCAGGACUGGGGCCGCGAGCUCCAGGCACCGCCCGGGAGGGAAGCAGGGCUCUGGGGCUGGUCCGAGAGUGAAGCAAGGCUCUGGGGACGCUCAUUCGGGGGAGAAGGCCUCUCGGGUGGACAGCAAAGGAGGAAUGGAGUCCCAGGCUGGCUGUGGAACAGCGGAAACGGCACCCCCUACAGGCCAAAAACAACCUGCUGUGAAAAUGAAAAUAGAAUCGAAUGAGGAGAUGAGGGAGCUUGUGCCAGACUCAUCUGUCAGCAGGAUCUCAGAGGAUCGAGGAGAGGAGUCUGAUGAGGAGAUGAAGCAAGCCUUGGCUCUGAGUGCAGAAGAGGCAAAGACGACAGCGCUUCUCGAUACGGAGAUUGAACUUGCCCUCCAAAGAAGCCUUCUGGAAUACUGAACGAGAUGCUUUCAGGGAACAUGUAUCACGGCUUCUAGAACAUUCUGCUCUCUUUGUUUGUGUUUGUUCAUAUUUCUGUUACAUUGUUGAGUUACAUUCAUGUUAUACAUAUUCUUCCUGUUACAUCUUUAAGUUUCUGAAAUAAAGGUUUGGCACAUUU